UUCAGGUACUGUAUCUCUCUGCUUCUGUCCUGUAACCAGCCAUGAUCCUGCAGGCAGCUGCGCUCAGCUUCCUCCUCUGCUGCGUGCACACUUACACCCUAUGGGCUCCUUUUGAAAAGACUGAGGAGUCCUCUGGCAACACCAUUGAGGAUGAGACCCUCAGUGUCUCUGAGCUGUUGGAGAGGGCCAAUGUGGAUGUUGGAAAGAACUUUGACGAGCCGAUGGUGAUGUUUGGAGACAUCGCCGUGCCCACAGGUCUGCAGAACGCUGAUCCCUGCACAGCGCGAGGCUGCCUGUGGCCCAAAGCCACCGACGGAAACGUCUACGUACCCUACCGCAUCUCCAACCAGUACUGUGAGUACUGAAGGCAGGGUCUUAUA